CAGGGACGCUCGGCAGGCCCGGGACGGGGAGGGGGUGUGUGCGGCAGGGCGAGACUGGCAGAGCGGGGUUCGGGGGCUGCUGCGGCGCGGUCGCGAUCCGGGUGCUGGCUGGCUGAGCGUUCGGGAUUGGAGCGGCUCGGAAGGGUACAGCCAUGUUUGAGAUUAAGAAGAUCUGCUGCAUCGGGGCAGGCUAUGUCGGGGGACCCACAUGCAGUGUCAUUGCUCACAUGUGCCCUGAAAUCAGGGUGACAGUUGUUGAUGUCAACGAAUCAAGAAUCAAUGCAUGGAAUUCUCCAACCCUUCCGAUUUAUGAGCCAGGACUAAAAGAAGUGGUGGAAUCCUGUCGAGGAAAAAAUCUAUUUUUUUCCACCAAUAUUGAUGAUGCCAUCAAAGAAGCUGAUCUUGUAUUUAUUUCUGUGAACACUCCAACAAAAACCUAUGGGAUGGGGAAAGGCCGGGCAGCAGAUCUGAAAUAUAUUGAAGCUUGUGCCAGGCGCAUUGUGCAAAACUCAAAUGGGUACAAAAUUGUGACUGAGAAAAGCACGGUGCCAGUGCGAGCAGCGGAAAGUAUUCGUCGCAUAUUUGACGCAAACACAAAACCCAACUUGAAUUUACAGGUACUGUCCAAUCCUGAGUUCUUGGCAGAAGGAACGGCCAUCAAGGACCUGAAGAACCCAGACAGGGUUCUGAUUGGAGGGGAUGAAACCCCAGAGGGCCGCAAAGCCGUGCAGGCCCUGUGUGCUGUGUACGAGCACUGGGUCCCCAAGGAGAAGAUCCUCACCACAAACACCUGGUCUUCAGAGCUUUCCAAACUGGCAGCAAAUGCUUUUCUUGCCCAGAGAAUCAGCAGCAUUAAUUCCAUCAGUGCUCUGUGUGAAGCAACAGGAGCUGAUGUGGAAGAAGUAGCAACAGCCAUUGGAAUGGACCAGAGAAUUGGAAACAAGUUUCUAAAAGCCAGUGUUGGUUUUGGUGGCAGCUGCUUCCAAAAAGAUGUUCUGAAUUUGGUUUAUCUCUGUGAAGCUCUGAACUUGCCUGAAGUCGCUCGCUAUUGGCAGCAGGUCAUAGACAUGAAUGACUACCAGAGGAGGAGGUUUGCUUCCCGGAUUAUAGACAGUCUGUUUAAUACCGUGACUGACAAGAAGAUAGCUAUCUUGGGGUUUGCCUUCAAAAAGGACACUGGUGAUACCAGAGAGUCCUCCAGUAUAUACAUUAGCAAAUACCUGAUGGAUGAAGGUGCACACCUCCAUAUAUAUGAUCCAAAAGUACCCAGGGAACAAAUAGUUGUGGAUCUCUCUCAUCCAGGUGUUUCAGGAGAUGACCAAGUGUCCAGACUUGUGACCAUUUCUAAGGAUCCGUAUGAGGCAUGUGAUGGUGCGCACGCUCUUGUUAUCUGCACUGAAUGGGACAUGUUUAAGGAACUGGAUUAUGAACGCAUUCAUAAAAAAAUGCUGAAGCCAGCCUUUAUCUUUGAUGGACGCCGUGUCCUGGAUGGGCUCCACAGCGAACUACAAACCAUUGGCUUUCAGAUUGAGACAAUUGGCAAAAAGCUAUCUUCAAAGAGAAUUCCAUAUACCCCUGGUGAGAUCCCAAAGUUCAGUCUUCAGGAUCCACCUAACAAGAAGCCGAAAGUGUAAACAUUGCCUUUUUUAUCUGUGAUUAUUUGGUAUUUCAGGAUAGCAGAUGUCUAUCUGACAUGAAAUGGUAAAUAAUCUUACGUGUUUUUAAGGAAACAAAAUUAUUUUUUUAAUCAUCAAAUUUAUACUUGCUAUAUGAGUAUUAGCAUAGCUAGUAAUCAGAAAUCUAGAAUAUUUUUACAUAUUUUUAUAUUAUUGUUAGCUGUUAUUGGCUGGAUGGAGAAUAAUCAUGUUGGUUUUAAUUGUGUCAACUUUUGUAAAAUAAACUCAACUUUUUACUUUACAAAUUGUAUACAAAUAGCGCUUUCCUGUCACGUGGUAAAGAGAAAGGUACUCUUACUUUCCUGAACAUUGGUGUAUUUGCUUGUUAUUAAGUAUGUAUUUUGAUUUUUAAGUCAUGCAAUAACUGUACUAAUUAUGUAUGGUCUGUUUAAAGUUCUUUGCUCUUUGUUUUAAUGAAAGACAUCACUUGAAAUUUUUAGCCCCCAGAAUCGUCACUGUCCAUUUUCUGUCAUAUUUUAACUUAAACAGCUCUUAUGAGGGCUCUUUUUUUUUUAAUGUUAAUAUGAGAGAAUCAAUAGUAUGGUCUGUUUUGUUCUUAGUUUUCUUCAUUGAUAACCAAUGUAGUACCAAUCAAUGUAGUAUUCUGAUUCAAAAAUGUCACGUUUUGCAUUUUUAUUUCUAUUAUCAAUUCUAAUUUUUCCUUUUCCCUUAAAACAAGAAAAUCAAUAAAAAUAUAUAUAUGAACUAA